GUGUGGCAUGAUGUCCACUUGAACUAGCCAGAGUACAAAGGCAGCUGGGAGUAAGUGGUUAUUUCCUAGACUCAACAUCCUGCUGUGUCUGCGGUUAGUCUUGCUAUCUUCCACGUUCGUUUGCCAAUUGCACUGUCGCUCUCCGUCAUUCCUUGGUACGGUCGUCGCGCAUAAAACUAUGGGUAUCAUGAAGAUCUCCAGCAUGUUCAUGGUUACAGCGGCUGUGAUGCCCGCUCUGGCCCAGCUGUCCGCGCUCCCAUCUUGCGCGCUUGCACCAGCACUCGCCGCCAUCGGAUCAACAGGUUGCAGCGCGACUGACAUCGCCUGCACGUGCUCCGACUCGGCUUUCGUUGCCGCUUUGGCCCCGGCCAUUCAGGCUGCCUGUAGCCCGUCCGAUCUUGCGCAGGCUAUCCAGGCCGCCACCGUCCUGUGCGCGCAAGUCGGCGUGUCGCUGGGUCUGCCAGCAGUUAGCGGCGCCGCGACCGGCAGUACAGCCGUAGCCGCAGCCUCAAUCCCAGCGCUUUCAACCACUUACUCUGCUGUCACAACUUCAGCCGCAUCACCAUCAUCCUCUGCAGGGCCAGCUCUGUCAACCACUUACUCUGCUCCACCAACCUCAACGGUACCAGCUCUCUCGACGACAUACUCCGCACCACCCAGCUCCUCUGCAGCGCCAGCAAGCUCGUCGCGUGUCUCGAGCAGUGCGGUGGCGCCAGCUAGCUCUUCGACGACGCCAGCGAGCUCGUCCCCAGCAUCCAGCACUGUUGCGCCUGUGAGCGCCUCUGUUACUGUCGCCUGCAUGGUCACCCAGAUCAGCGACGGUAUGCAUAAUCACAAGCGUUGGCGUCCAGAGUUAUUGACACCGGCUUGAGGCCAGGUCCAGGCACCGUCAGCCGUGACCCAGAUCAGUGACGGUAGGUUGUGAGUCGAAGGGACCAGAGCCACAAUCGGCUGACACGCGGUCACAGGUCAGGUGCAAGCUCCGGCGUGCUCUACCAUAACGGUUCGACCCGUCUCGCAGAUCAGCGAUGGCCAAAUACAAGCUCCGGGUAU